AUGAACUUGGACAAUCUGGAACAUCAGAUUGGAGGUCAUUUACUUCAACAACUGAAAUGUUGCAUCUGUAUGGAGAUCUACAAUGAUCCAACUGCCUUGCCGUGCGGUCACACGUUUUGUUAUAAUUGCCUCCUGGAUUUAGCAAAACACAAGAAGCGUCAAGUAAAGAAUCCAUUCAUGCUGAUGGAGAUGACCGUGCCGUGUCCGAAUUGUCGUUGUGGCGUCGCCUUCACAAACAUUAUGACCAAAACCAAUGGUGUCGUUCCUAACUUCGUCCUUAUGUCCAUCAUUGAGUCUUACCAACAAAUGGGACAGCCUCGUUCCCAGGUGGACGCUUCCACAAACACCGAAACUUUCGCAAUGACCGGACAACGGAUAAACGAAAUCAGUUCGGAGUUAGACUCAUUAAUGAUAUCAACGAAAGCAAAAACUUCGAUACUCCAAGGAUGUAAGGAUGAAAUAGAUUGUAUAAGGCUAGAAAACCAGAACUAUAUUGAAAAUCAACUAUCUUUAAAAUACCAAAAUAACGCUGGCAAAACAAAUGAGAUAUACAACGAACUGAAAUCAGUCACCGGAAGUAGCAACGAACUUGAGGCGACACCUCCCGGAUUUGUAACACCGCCAUUUUACCAUAACGAUCCCGGUGUAAUGGAUCCAGCGAUUCUGUCGAUCGGCGGUAAUCUAAACUUCUACCCACCGCCAUUCCAAAUGAUCCCAUACCAAACAGGAUCAUGGCAGACAAACACAGGGCCGUGGCAGACAAACGCGGAAUGCUGA